GAAGGGACAGAGAAUGGGUAGAGUUUGAGAACUGGGCUGGGCGAGCCCUCUGCAGGGGAAAGCCAAAGCCACACAAAACGGGAAGGCAUGCAGGAGCUGACUAAAGGAAAGAUGGGAAGGAGAACUGGCAUGGGGAGAAGUCACUUUACAGAUUGGGCGAGAACAGCUACCUUCAGAGGGAGUUGGCACUGGGAGCAAACUGAACAAAGAACUCACGGCUUUGAGGGUACGUAGGGAAGGUGCCGGGAUGUGAAUGGUGAGGCGCAUCCCUGUGAACUUUGACCCCGCCCUCUCAUCAUAGAUGUGCAGAUGCUUCUAGCCAGAGAACCCCACAGUUGUAACGCUCCUCCCCUGCCUCCUCCCUGCUCAAUGCUCCUCAGCUCACCAGAGAAAAGGAAUGGCUGUCAGCCAGCUCCCUGCCCUGGUCCAGGACUUGGUGACCUUCAAGGACGUGGCCGUGCUCUUCACCCAGGAGGAGUGGGGUCGGCUGAGCUCCACCCAGAGGGCCUUGUAUCGGGAUGUGAUGCUAGAGAACUAUAGUAACCUGGUUUCACUGGCAGGUCUCUUAGGAUCCCGACCAGAUGUGUUCUUUCCCCCGGAGGAAGUGGAAGAAUGUGUGUCAGAGGAGGCUCCUGAGGGCUUUGUUCUGGGGGGAAUUACAAUGGCCAUGAGUAAAACAUCCCUCAAGGGGGAUACCCCUAAAAAUGAAUCGGAUCAAUGGAUAACUGAGGAGAGAGCAUGCGCUAACUUGUUAGAUUGGCAACGCCAGGAAGGUCAGGGGGUGAAGUUGCAGCAAGUGGUCCUCACCCAGCAGAACGUUCCGUCAAAGCUGAGUGAGCAGAAAGUCAGUGAGUCUGACAAGGACUUCACAGUGAGCUCAUCACCCAUCCAAAGUCAGAGACCUCAAGCAAGCAAAGAAGCUUUGGAAUGCAGCAAAUGCGGAAAAGCCUUCUCUAAGAGUUCCACCCUUAAGAAGCAUCAGAAACGUCAUACUGAAAAACUCACCCCAAGUCAGAAAUCACCAACGAAAGAGAAACGGUACGAGUGCAGAGAAUGUGGGAAAGCCUUCCACCAGAGCACACACCUCAUCCAUCACCAAAGAGUCCACACUGGUGAGAAACCAUACCAGUGUAAGGACUGUGGCAAGGCCUUCUCCGUGAGCUCUUCCCUUACCUACCACCAGAAAAUCCAUACCGGAGAAAAGCCCUUUGAAUGUAAUGUUUGUGGAAAGGCCUUUAUCCGGAACAUACAUCUUUCCCACCAUCAUAGAAUGCACACUGGAGAGAAACCUUUCCAAUGCAACCUUUGUGACAAAGCUUUUGUUUGUAGAGCACAUCUUACCAAACACCAGAACAUUCACAGUGGCAAGAAACCCUAUAAAUGCCAUGAGUGUGGGAAAGCCUUCCAUCAGAGUACAAGUUUUCUGCAGCAUCAGAGGAUCCACACGGGAGAGAAACCCUUUGAAUGCAACGAGUGUGGCAAGGCCUUCAGGGUGAACUCUUCCCUUACUGAGCACCAGAGAAUCCACACUGGGGAGAAACCAUAUCAAUGUACCGAAUGUGGCAAAGCGUUCAGGGACAACUCAUCUUUUGCACGACAUCGGAAAAUUCACACUGGAGAGAGACCUUACAGAUGUGGCCUGUGUGAGAAGGCUUUCAGGGACCAAUCAGCCCUAGCACAGCAUCAGAGGACUCACACCGGGGAGAAGCCUUACACGUGUAACAUAUGUGAGAAAGCCUUCAGUGACCAUUCGGCUCUUACCCAACAUAAGAGAAUUCACACGAGAGAAAAACCGUACAAAUGUAAAACCUGUGGGAAAGCUUUUAUCCGAAGCACACACCUCAGUCAACACCAGAGGAUCCACACGGGAGAGAAACCUUACAAAUGUAACACAUGCGGGAAAGCCUUCAACCAGACCGCAAACCUCAUUCAGCAUCAGAGGCAUCACACUGGAGGAAAGUGAUGGGGAGGCAGUUAGUAAGUGCUGUGGGAAUGAUGUCAUUAAUUACUGGAGGAAAGUGAUGGGGAGGCAGUUAGUAAGUGCUGAGGGAAUGAUGUCAUUAACUAUUGAAUAGAAGAGAGUACAUAAUCACAUUGAAGUCUUUUAUCAUCAUGGUUGUAUUUAGUGGGAGCCAGGUUGCAUCAUGCCAAGGGUCUUGAGAAUCUUAUGAAUGGUGAACACACCUUACUCUUCGGUCUGCCUCAGUUGGAUAAUAGUGCUUUUUUAUUGGCCUGAAUUACUGACUAU